CUUUCUAAAAAUGAAAAUGGGAACAAAAAAUUCGGGUGUUAAAUUUGCUUUUGAAGUAGAGGAACGUGUACUGUGCUUUGAACCAGACCCUUCCAAAGCAAGAGUAUUAUAUGAGGCCAAGGUACUUGAGUUAAAGGUUGGGAGAGAUUCAAAUGGUCGACGCAAACCAGAUUAUUUGAUUCAUUUCCAAGGAUGGAACAGUAGCUGGGAUAGAAUUGUGCCUGAGUGUUUCAUACUAAAGUUCAGUGAUGAGAACAGAGCCCUGGCAAGACGGCUUGCAGUAACAGCCAGAGGAAUAAGGAAGAACAAAGCACGCAAGAGAAAGAUUGAUGAUAUCCUACGUGAAGUAAAAAAGAGACCAAGAUAUGACAGCGAGAGCUCUUUGGAGGAAGAGGAUGACGAUGAUGAUGGUGAAAGUGAUGGGGAGACAUUUGAAGCAAGGACUGAUACAAGAAAGCAGACAGCAGAAUACAAAGAGAAUGAUCUUGGAGAUAUAAAAUUAUCAGGUGAACAGAAAGAAAAUAUAGACUCAACAGGGGAGAAAGAUGAUGUCGUUGAGCCAAGAGAAGUGGAACUCCCCAUUCCUGACAAUCUCAAGAAGAUUCUAGAAGAGGAUUGCAACAACAUUGUCAAAGAAAGGAAGGUUGUGAAUAUACCAGCAGAGCAUAACAUAAUAUCACUACUGGAAGGCUAUGUGAGACACUAUGCUAUAAAUACACUGUGUCAAACUAAUGAUACAAAGACCAAGUCUCAACAUGGCAGAGAUACCAGAAGUGUUCACUUAUGUAAGGAGGUGAUGGAUGGAUUGAGGGUUUACUUUGACUUCACUCUCCCUGUUGUAUUACUUUAUAACUUUGAGAGAGCACAGUAUGCUAAAGUUUCAACAUUAUCCAAGCCAAUUGAUAUAAAACAAGAGACAAGUGAACCCUUGCCAUCUCCACGGACCAGACGUACUAGUGCUAGACUCCACUCUCCCUCAAGCCCAGUUGAGAGCCUCCCGACCUGGAAACCCAAAAAGGGAGCCCCUAAAUCCAAAAAGAGACAGAUUGAAAAAGAGGCUGAGAAGGAAGAGGAAUCAGAAGCAGAAUCAGAAGAUGAGAAACCCACUCGAAGAAUUACCAGACGCUCAUUGGCAAUUCCCCCUGACACAAAACAAACCCCCGCAAAAGACACAAAACGUUCAAAAUCUGACCACAAAUCAGAAAAAUCAGACUCAAAAACUGAGGUAUCAGAAACAACAAAAUCUGAGAGAAAGAAAACAAGACUUUCUAUGAAUAUUAAAACUUCUGAAAAAGAUUUAAAUCGUACGACUCCACCCCUCGCUCCAUUACAGAUAGGUCUUCCGAGCACCAAGUCCAGUCAUGGAUCGUCUUCUCCCGCACCUAAAUCUCAUACAUCCAGUGCGCCAUUCCAAGAUGGUAUGAUGUCGUUCAGUGAAAGUGAGACUGUGUUGAAUGAUGUGUUGUCAUGGAAACUAUUGCCUAGUGAGGUAUACCAUCAAGUGCCAGCAACGCCCAGUGUGAUGUAUGGGGCCCAACAUUUACUACGUCUCUUUGUCCACCUGCCAGGUUUACUAGAGAGAACCAGUAUGCCAGAACCAAAGCUGAAAUCUCUUACCAGACACUUGGAACUAUUUUUAGAGUAUUUAUCCACCAAAGCUGAUGAGUUGUUCCCAGAGGGAGCAUAUGUUUCAGCAGAUUCCACUAGUAACAAUAGCAACAGCAAGCUUUCCACUUGGAGAUAAAAGAUGGCACUAGUAUAUUAGGACAAAUGCAACUUCAUGUACAGGGUGGGCCAAAAAUAUAAUCUUGUAAAUCAUAGCUUUCUGCUCCACCCUGUAUGUUGUAAUUGAUGAACCUGAAGAGGAUACGCAUUAGGUUUUAAGGACAUUUCUAUAAGCCUAACAUUUUGCAAUAGAUUGCCACAAGUUGGAGGGUCAUAUGAUGUUACAAAUACGGUAGAUACACAAAUUUGAUGCUACUUAAUUCUGCAGAUUUGAUCGAGAAUAUCAAUUUUUGGCGGUUAUUUAAUUUGGCAGUUUUAGGACCAAGCUAAGUUUAAUCAUUGAUCUGGAAAUAGCACUUUCAGAUUCAUGUGUAGCCUACAACUUACAGUAAAUCUUGGUGUUGCACUGUCUUCGAAAUAUGAAUACAUGAACACAAGAGAAAUAAAUAAAUCUGAAAAUUGGUGGAUUUUUAAAUUGGCAGAUUUUUCAAUCUACCAAAUUAAAGUGGGAGCCAAAUUAAGUGUAUCUAC